AACAAAUUCAUUUCAUCCAAAACAAUAAUAUUCUUUCAUUUUCCGGUCAAACAAACCGAUGCAAAACACCACCGGUAACCACCACCACAUCUUCAAAUGAUGUCAUCAACCACCGGCGUCACCGUCAUCAUCACAUACGCCAUCGCCAUCCUCUCCUCCAUCCAAACCAUCCACACUCUCAGCGGCUCCGCCACCACAAUCGCCGUAAGCUACGGCUCCACCAUCACCAUCUGCGGCAUCACCGCCGGUCAACCAAGUCAACACAUCCAAUGCUGGCGCAACGGCCAAGUCUCCGACGUAUUCUCCAACAUCUCGUUCGACUCAAUCGCCGGCGGCCGUGACGUCUUCUGCGGCAUCCGGUCCGGCGGUUCAACUCUCAUCUGUUGGAACCCUAAUUUGACACCAAAGCGGUUAUAUUAUAACGAAACGGUUAUUUUAACCGAUUUAGCCGUUGGUGAUAGUCAAAUAUGUGCUGUUACUAAUACCAGUCAAGGAACCGUUAAUUGUUGGAGGGAUGGUGAAGAGUUUACCACUCGAAACAUUCGAAUUCGAUCGGUUUCAUCCGGUCUAGGGUUAAGUUGUGGCGUUCCGGUGGAUAAUACUAGUGGAAUAAUAUGUUUUGGAAGCAAUUCGCAACUCGCGAAUACGAAUACAAUACAAUUACAAGUUGAAUUUGAUAGUUUUAGUAUGUUGAAUGUGUUUGUGGGAGGUGGUCAUGUGUGCGGUGUGAAUUCGACCGGUUUUGUGAUAUGUAGAGGUGCGAAUGAUCACGGGCAGAUCGAUGUACCCGAUCAUGAAGCGUUCGAGUUUUCGGCUCUUGCUCUUGGUUUGAAUCAUACAUGUGGGUUAAGAAUGUUGAAUAAGACUGUAGUUUGUUGGGGAGGUGGAGGGGGGAAUGUAAAUGUUAGUGAUUAUGUUGUUGGUGUUUCGUUCGAGUCGAUUGUGGCUGGAUCGGAUUUUACUUGUGGAUUGACUAGUAAUAACCUUUCGGUUAUCUGUUGGGGGGAUGGUUGGGUUAGAAAUGGUUUGUAUCCAUCAGAAUUCGGACUUCCGUUGGGAAGUGUUCUUCCAGGACCAUGUGUUCGAUCCGGACCACCAGCUUGUGGUUGUGGUAUAUACGCUCAGUCGGAUACUCUUUGUUCUGGGUCCGGAUCAAUAUGUAUGCCUUGUAAUUUAGCUAGUCUAGCGCCGCCAUCGCCACCACCAUCGCCGCCAACUGGAGGUGGUAAUGUACCUCGGUCUUCGCCUUCAAGACCGUUAAGAAGGGGGUUACUGGCUUUCGCAAUAGUUGGAUCAAUCGGGACAUUCGCGGGUAUUUGUACUAUAAUCUAUUGUUUGUGGACUGGUAUAUGUUGUGGGAAUAAAAAGAUACACAAUUCUGUUCAGCCCACAAUCACUAGUACUAAUCACAAUGGUCCUCAACUUUCAAACAACAGUAGUCAAGUUUCGAGAUCUUCUACGAUCAGGCGACAAGCGUCACGGGCUUUCAGAAGGCAAAGAAGUGGAACGUCUUCAAAACACGCGGAUCGCGAAGAAGAGUUUACUUUCGCUGACUUGGCAUUAGCGACGGAUAAUUUCUCUCUUGAGAAUAAAAUCGGUUCAGGGAGUUUUGGCGUCGUGUAUAAAGGCAAGUUGUUAGAUGGGCGUGAAGUCGCUAUUAAACGAGGAGAAAUGUGUCAAAAAGCGAAAAAGUUUCAAGAGAAAGAAAGCGCGUUUGAUUCGGAACUCGCUUUCUUAUCGCGGCUACAUCACAAGCACUUGGUUAGACUCGUCGGGUAUUGUGAAGAGCGCGAAGAAAAGCUUUUGGUUUACGAGUACAUGAAAAACGGAGCUUUGUUUGAUCAUUUACACGACAAGAAAAACGUCGAACAGAAUAGUAGCUUGUUAAAUUCUUGGAAAAUGCGUAUCAAGAUUGCGUUGGACGCCGCUAGAGGAAUCGAAUACCUUCAUAACUACGCGGUCCCACCUAUAAUUCACCGAGACAUCAAGUCAUCUAACAUCUUACUCGACGCGAAUUGGGUUGCUAGAGUUUCGGAUUUCGGGCUAUCUUUAAUGGGCCCGGAAUCCGAUUCGGAGCAAAGACCGACUAAGGCAGCCGGGACAGUCGGCUACAUUGAUCCCGAAUACUACGGAUUAAACGUAGUCACCGCCAAAAGUGAUGUCUACGGUCUUGGAGUCGUCAUGCUAGAGCUCUUGACCGGCAAAAGAGCGAUAUUUAAAAGUAAUGAUGAUGGUACUGGUAAUGGUAAUGGUAACGGUGGUACACCCAUAAGUCUAGUGGACUAUGCGAUACCAACAAUCGUAUCCGGCGAAUUGGCAAAGAUACUCGAUAAGCGGGUAAGGCCACCCGAGGCGAAUGAGGCUGAGUCGGAGGCUGUCGAGCUGAUGGCUUACACCGCGAUACAUUGUGUGAACUUGGAAGGUAGAGAUAGACCAACAAUGACUGAUAUUGUUGCUAAUUUGGAAAGAGCUUUGACACUAUGUGAUGAUAGUCAUGGUAGCAUUAGCAUUUCAAGUGGGCAGAUUUCAAUUAUAUCUGAAUGAUUUUCUAGAAUUUUUUUUUUUUAUUUUAUGGGUUUGAUUUUUUACAAUAUUUUGUGGGUGAUUAGGUAUAUAUUUGUAAACACCCAAGAUUAGAAUUCUUUCAUGUUCUUGUGUUAGUGUUACAGAACAAGAUUUUGAAUAAUUUUAAUGCAACUAGAACCAAAAAGGUUGGUGCUUGUAGUUUUCUU